AUGACACGAACCUCUUCACACGACGACGAUGAUGCCAAACAUGACCCAGAGGCGGACACCCAGCAGAAGAGUGUUGGGACAGAUGAUGGAUAUCCCAGCAUGCGGAAGAGGAUCCUGAUCAUGCUCGCAGGCUACCUUGCCAUAUUCCUGGUUACUUUGGACCAAAACAUCAUAUCCACGGCCAUCCCACGAAUCACCGACGAGUUCGACUCCAUCGCAGACAUUGGGUGGUAUGGCAGCGCGUACCUGCUCACCAUGUGCAGCUUCCAGCUCCUCAUGGGCAAGGUCUACAAGUUCUACCCGGCAAAACCCGUCUUCCUGUCGGGCAUUGUGCUCUUUGAAGUCGGCUCAGCAGUGUGUGGAUCGGCGCCAAGCUCUGUGGCCUUCAUCAUCGGUCGCGCCGUUGCAGGCCUGGGUGCGUCAGGCAUGUUCUCGGGCGUCAUGGUCAUCCUGUUCCACACCGUCCCUCUUCAGCAACGGCCGAUCUGGCAGGGUGCUUUUGGGGGUAUCUUUGCGAUUGCGUCCGUCAUCGGGCCUCUGGUCGGAGGGGCAUUCACCGAUAACGUCACCUGGAGAUGGUGUUUCUACAUCAACCUCCCCAUCGGCGCCGUGGUCGUGGUCGUCACCAUGGUCGUCCUGCGCCUUUCCCACCAAAAACUCGACAAACGCGCCCCCGGGAUCCUGGGUAAGGUGAAGCAGCUCGACCCCCUGGGAAACCUGGUGUUCUUCCCCGGCAUCAUUUGUCUGAUCCUGGCUCUCCAGUGGGGAGGGACCACGUACUCGUGGGACAAUGCGAGAGUCAUUGUCCUGCUGGUUCUCUGUGCCGUACUCUGCCUGGCCUUUGGGGGAAUCCAGGUCUGGAAACAAGAAGACGGCACCGUCCCUCCCCGGAUCAUCAAGCAGCGCAGCGUGGCGGCUGCGCUGUGGUUCUCGUUUUUCAAUGGCGCCGGCGUCAUGGUCACCGUUUACUACCUGCCCAUCUGGUUCCAGGCCAUCAAGGGGGUCAGCGCCGUCAAGUCGGGCAUCAUGCUGCUCCCGCUGGUGCUGUCGUCGGUCAUCGCCUCCAUCUCGUCGGGCAUCAUCAUCAGUCGCGUUGGCUACUACACGCCGUUCUUCAUCCUCAGCUCUGUGGCCACGUCCAUCGGCGCCGGCCUGUUAUGCACUUUUACCUCGACGACAGCCCACCCGGCGUGGAUCGGGUACCAGGUGAUACUGGGGCUAGGCUUGGGCUUCGGCGCUCAACAGGGCCUGAACGUCGUGCAAACCGUCUUGGACCGUCCUGACAUCGCCACCGGCACCGCCGUCGUCAUGUUUCUGCGCUUCCUCGGCUCCGCCAUCUUCCUGCCCGUCGCCGAGAACAUAUUCCUUAACGGCCUCGUCGCGAAACUGACGGCCGAUCUGCCCGGCGUCGAUCCCCACGCGGUGACCACGACCUCGGGCGCGACGGACCUGCGCAAUCUCGCUGGUGGCAACGACCUGGCCGUCCUCCUGGCCGAUUACAACGACGCCCUCGUCCAUGUCUUUUACCUCGUCGUGGCGACUUGCGUCGCGACCAUCUUGGGGAGUGUGCUGGUCGAGUGGCGCAGCUUGAAGGUUCGCGCUGCUGUUACUUCUGCUACUGCUAGUAGUGGAGGAGAUGGUAGUGGUGAGGGUGAUAACGAGCCGACUGAGUCCAAGGAGGCUGGCGAAGCGACAGAGCGAAAGGACUCCAACGCACAAAAUGCUUAA